GACCGCGCCGCCCCCGGAGCCGGCCAGCUGGGCCCGGAGCCAGGGCCGCGUCCCCACCAUGCCGGCCCGGCGGUUGCUGCUGUUCCUGGCGCUGCUGCUGCCCAGCUCUGGGAUAUUUGGAAGUUCCAGCACAGUGACACUUCCUGAAACCUUGUUGUUUGUAUCAACCCUGGAUGGAAGUUUGCAUGCUGUCAGCAAGAGGACAGGCUCAAUCAAGUGGACUUUAAAGGAAGAUCCAGUCCUGCAGGUCCCAACACAUGUGGAAGAGCCUGCAUUCCUCCCAGAUCCUAACGAUGGCAGCCUGUAUACACUUGGAGGCAAGAAUAAUGAAGGCCUGACAAAACUUCCCUUUACCAUCCCAGAGUUGGUACAGGCAUCCCCAUGCCGAAGUUCAGAUGGCAUCCUAUACAUGGGUAAAAAGCAGGACAUCUGGUACGUCAUCGAUCUCCUGACCGGGGAAAAGCAGCAGACUUUGUCGUCGGCCUUUGCAGACAGUCUCUGCCCAUCAACUUCACUUCUGUAUCUUGGGCGAACAGAAUAUACCAUCACCAUGUAUGACACCAAAACCAGAGAGCUCCGGUGGAACGCCACCUACUUUGACUAUGCAGCCUCACUUCCUGAAGACGACAUGGACUACAAGAUGUCCCACUUUGUGUCCAACGGUGAUGGGCUUGUGGUGACCGUCGACAGUGAAUCUGGAGACGUCCUGUGGAUCCAAAACUAUGGCUCCCCUGUGGUGGCCUUCUAUGUGUGGCAGCGGGAGGGUCUGCGGAAGGUGAUGCACAUCAACGUGGCCGUGGAGACCCUGCGCUACCUGACCUUCAUGUCUGGGGAGGUGGGGCGCAUCACCAAGUGGAAAUACCCGUUCCCCAAGGAGACGGAGGCCAAGAGCAAGCUGACGCCCACUCUGUAUGUUGGGAAAUACUCGACCAGCCUGUACGCCUCCCCGUCAAUGGUACAUGAAGGGGUUGCUGUUGUGCCCCGAGGCAGCACUCUUCCUUUGCUGGAAGGCCCCCAGACCGAUGGUGUCACCAUUGGGGACAAAGGGGAGUGUGUGAUCACGCCCAGCACGGACCUCAAGUUCGACCCCGGACUCAAAGGGAAAAACAAACUUAACUACUUGAGGAAUUACUGGCUUCUGAUAGGACACCAUGAAACCCCACUGUCUGCCUCUACCAAGAUGCUGGAGAGAUUCCCCAACAAUCUGCCCAAACAUCGGGAAAAUGUGAUUCCUGCUGAUUCUGAGAAAAAGAGCUUCGAGGAAGUCAUCAACAUGGUUGACCAGACUUCAGAGAACACACCGACCACCGUGUCUCCGGACAUGGAAGAGAAACUGGCUCGUGCCCCUGCCAAGGCCGAGGCCCCUGUGGACUCCAUGCUCAAGGACAUGGCCACCAUCAUCCUGAGCACCUUUCUGCUGAUCGGCUGGGUGGCCUUCAUCAUCACGUACCCCCUGAGCAUGCAUCAGCAGCAGCAGCUCCAGCACCAGCAGUUCCAGAAGGAGCUGGAGAAGAUCCAGCUCCUGCAGCAGCAGCAGCUGCCCUUCCCCCCACCCGGAGAUGUGACACAGGACGCGGACCUCCUGGACGCCUGCAGCCCAUACUCGGAGAGCUCGGGCACCAGCAGCCCCAGCACGUCCCCCAGGGCCUCCAACCACUCACUGCACUCCAGCGGCUCUGCCUCCAGGGCUGGUGCCAGCCUCUCCCUGGAGCCAGAUGAUGAGGAUGAGGAAGCCAGCAUGGUGAUGGUUGGGAAGAUUUCAUUCUGUCCUAAAGACGUCCUGGGCCACGGAGCUGAGGGCACAAUUGUGUACCGGGGCAUGUUUGACAACCGCGAUGUGGCCGUGAAGAGGAUCCUCCCCGAGUGUUUCAGCUUCGCCGACCGUGAGGUGCAGCUGCUGCGAGAAUCAGACGAGCAUCCGAACGUGAUCCGCUACUUCUGCACGGAGAGAGACCGGCAGUUCCAGUACAUCGCCAUCGAGCUGUGCGCGGCCACCCUGCAGGAGUAUGUGGAGCAGAAGGACUUCUUCCACCUUGGCCUGGAGCCCAUCACCUUGCUGCAGCAGACCACCUCGGGCCUGGCCCACCUGCACUCGCUCAACAUUGUUCACAGAGACCUGAAACCCCACAACAUUCUCCUCUCCAUGCCCAAUGCACAUGGCAAGAUCAAGGCUAUGAUCUCUGACUUCGGCCUCUGUAAGAAGCUGGCAGUGGGCAGGCACAGCUUCAGCCGCCGUUCCGGGGUGCCCGGCACAGAAGGCUGGAUCGCCCCGGAGAUGCUGAGUGAAGACUGCAAGGAGAACCCUACCUACACAGUGGACAUCUUCUCUGCGGGCUGCGUCUUUUACUACGUCAUCUCUGAGGGCAGCCACCCCUUUGGCAAGUCCCUGCAGCGGCAGGCCAACAUCCUCCUGGGUGCCUACAGCCUCGACUGCUUCCACCCAGAGAAGCACGAGGAUGUCGUUGCACGGGAGCUGAUCGAGAACAUGAUCGCCAUGGACCCUCAGAAGCGCCCCUCGGCGAAGCACGUGCUCAAACACCCGUUCUUCUGGAGCCUGGAGAAGCAGCUCCAGUUCUUUCAGGAUGUGAGUGACCGGAUAGAAAAGGAGGCCCUGGAUGGCCCGAUAGUGAGGCAGUUGGAGCGAGGCGGGAGAGCUGUGGUGAAGAUGGACUGGCGGGAGAACAUCACCGUCCCCCUGCAGACAGAUCUGCGUAAAUUCAGAACCUAUAAAGGUGGCUCCAUCAGAGACCUCCUCCGAGCCAUGAGAAAUAAGAAGCACCACUACCGGGAGCUCCCGCCGGAGGUGCGCGAGACACUGGGCUCCCUCCCCGACGACUUCGUGCGCUACUUCACGUCGCGCUUCCCCCACCUCCUCUCACACACUUACCGGGCCAUGGAGCUCUGCAGCCAGGAGAGACUCUUCCAGCCCUACUACUCCCAUGAGCCCCCGGAGCUCCGGCCCCCAGUGACUCCGGACGCCCUCUGAGCCGGGGCCGCCCCUCCGUUUGGUGGCUGCAGUCAUGACUCCACAGUCCGGGGCUGGGCGCCUCCCAGCUUCGCAGGGAACCCAGGCUUCCCAAACAAGUGCCUUGAGCUGCCCACUCCGUGGUCAAAGGAUAACGCCGGCCCCAGAAGAGGGGCCGCUGGGGGCUGUCUACACAGGAAGGCCGUCCCAGAGGCCGGAAGGAGCACCGCCUGCCUUCCGCUGGAUAAACUCGCUUCGACUUUCUUUUUAAAAUCCCUGUUUGCUAUCAGUCUGGGCCUUUCAGGAGGGGCAGGAGAGGGGCCUCAGUUCCGCCUGGGGCCAGGAGCAGCCGGGCUGAGCUCUGUCCGUCAGUCCGCCGGCCCAGGGCUGGAGCAGUGUGUGGCCGAGGCAGAGGUUCAGAAAGUGCCGCCUGGGGACAGGGGUGCCUCACCCAUCACACGUGGUGGCCAGAGGCAGCGAGCAUGGCCUGCGAGCCGUGUGCAGGUCUCUUGGAGACUGGGGGUUGCUGUGUCAGGAGGCAAACUGAGUGGAUUGUGUCCUGGGCCGGUAGGCACAUUGAGCAGCACUUGGAGCGAGAGUGGAGUCCCUGGCCUGCAGAGAGGGUCCCUGAGAUUCACCAAGACCUGUGGGGAGUGGUGCGGUGGAGCCCCUGGGUGGGCGGUGAGGCCCCCUGUCCCUGAGCCCCGCAGAGCAGGAGCACUUGGUGUCGGGGCCCAGGCAGGGAACCCUCAGGCCUUGUGGGCAGCUUGUCUGUUCCUCUUGGCGAGGGCUAGUAAGUGUUUUGAUCAGACUGUAGAAUGCUUCGAUAGCCUAAGUAACCCAAAGCUGAAGCUUACUCGGAAAGAAGAAAUGCGGGAUGUAGCACAUCCUGUCAGCGUGGCGCCACAGUCGCCGUCCCCUCCAGAGGCGCGCUCCCGUUCAGCACAUUGCAGCGCCGGGCGGGGACGCACGUUCAGGCAGCACCGUGGGUGUGUUCACGUCCAAGUCGUGUUCUCUGAAUUGUGCCAGUACCAUGUGAUUUUUUUUCUAAAAUUAAUAUAAUUUGAAGCAUCCGCUUCAGUCAGAAAUUCCUGUUCGUCUCCCAGGAGCCUUAGUGGGGGUACAGUCAGGGGCCGUGGGAGGCAGCACUGUCCCUCCUCAGCCCAGCGGACGGGUCCUCGCGGCUCAGGCCUGAGAACCGAGACUCGGGGGGGG